AUGAUUUCGCUUUGGAUAUCUACAGUUCAGUUGGGCUCAAAUUUGGCGUGUAAGGGAUUGGCGUGUAAGGGAUUGGCGUCGGAGCUUCAUUCAAAAGCAGAGAUACGAAGUUGUAAAUCUUCUAACAGGAGAAAGGAGAAACCCCAACCAGCCACUAGACAGUCUAGAUACCCGAAGAGAGCAGUGAGCCGCAAGUCCUACAACAAAGAACAUGUUCCUGAUGAUUCUGGAGUCUAUAGAUGUGAGUACUGUGGAUCACUCUAUGCCAUUCCUCUUGUUUUAGCGAAGCAUCUCAAGUACAAACAUGGACACUAUGGUAUUGUCCCGCCAGCAGGUGCACCAAAGAAAGACAUUCUACAGUUCAUCAAAGGAGAAAUCAGAAGUACUAAAAAAAAAUAUGUAUGUAAUCACUGUGGCAAGGCAUUUGAUCAAGCUGGUGAUCUCACAAAACAUAAACGUAUCCAUACUGGUGAGAAACCCUAUAAGCGCGAUCAAUGUGGUAUUAAGGCAUUAAAUCAACUUGAAGCUGGUGAUCUCAGAACAGGUAAAUGCAUCCAUACAGGUGAGAACCCCUAUGUAUGUGAUCAAUGUGGUAAGGCAUUUAAUCAAGCUAGUGAUCUCACAAGACAUGUACGCAUCCAUACAGGUGAGAAGCCCUAUGCAUGUGAUCAAUGUGGUAAGGCAUUUAACAAUGCAGGUAAUCUUACAAGACAUGUACGCAACCAUACAGGUGAGAAGCCCUUUGUAUGUGAUCAAUGUGGUAAGGCAUUUAAUCAAGAACAUGGUCUCACAAGACAUGUACGCAUCCAUACAGGUGAGAAGCCCUAUGCAUGUGAUCAGUGUGGUAAGGCAUUUAGUCAAGUUCAUGUUCUGACAACACAUAAACGUAUCCAUACAGGUGAGAAGCCAUUUAUAUGUGAUCAAUGUGGCAAGGCAUUUGAUCAAACGAAUAAUCUCACAAAACAUAAACGAAUUCAUACAGGUGAGAAACCUUAUGCAUGUGAUCAAUGCAGUAAGGUUUUUGGUUAUAAAAGUAAUCUCAUAACACAUAAACGUAUCCAUACAGGUGAGAAGCCAUUUAUAUGUGAUCAAUGUGGUAAGGCAUUUACUCAAGCUGGUGAUCUCAAGAAACAUAAACGUAUCCAUACAGGUGAGAGGCCCUAUGUACAUGUAUGUGAUCAAUGUGGUAAGGCAUGUUAUCAAGCUAGUGAUCUCAAGAAACAUAUGCGCAUGCAUACGGGUGAGAAGCCAUUUAUAUGUGAUCAAUGUGGUAAGGCAUAUGGUGAGUCAUCAACAUUAAGUAAACACAAAAAGAAAUGUAAAUGAAAUACAGAA